CAGACAGGAUUUGCAGUUUCAUGAUUUAAAAAUUAAAUAAAUAUUAAUGUUCAUAUCACAAACUGAUAAGCUGUUUCAUAUUAUAUCAUAAGCACCAACAGAAUGGCGGGUUUUAAAUUGGCAAAAAAUAUUAUAUUUCCUUUAAAACAGAAACAGUGCAAUCUGUUUUUUUCGAGAAACUUAGUUUCGAAGCAGCUUGUGUAUAGUGAGUUUGGAGAGCCACUGCAAGUUGUAAAGUUGAGAGAAGUUGAGGUUCAGCCUCUAAAAGAGCAAGAAGUUUUGGUGCGAAUGUUAGCAGCGCCGGUUAACCCCGCUGACAUCAACACAAUACAAGGGAAAUAUCCAGUCAAAGUAAAUCUUCCCUGUGUGCCAGGAAAUGAAGGUGUGGGCAUUGUUGAGGAUAUGGGCAAUGGUGUCAAAGGAUUGGCAACUGGAAACAGGGUAAUUGUCACAAAACCUGUACAAGGCACAUGGAGAGAUAUAGCUGUUAUUAAUAAAGACUACCUCAGAGUAGUCCCUGACACUCUAGGCUUGGUGGAAGCUGCAACACUCACCGUCAACCCUUGCACAGCAUACCGAAUGUUAUCUGAUUUUAAACCUGUCAAAGAUGGUCUUGUUGUGAUCCAAAAUGGAGCUAACAGUGCAUGCGGCCAAAACGUCAUACAAAUAUGUAAAGCUUGGGGAGUAAAGAAUGUUAACAUCGUCAGGAACCGGCCAGAUAUAAAUGAAUUGAAAAAAUACUUAGAGUCACUUGGUGCAACUUAUGUUUUGACGGAAGAAGAAUUGAGAUCAACAAAUAUAUUUAGAGAAAAGAAGCUAAAUAAGCCAGCCCUGGCAUUAAACUGUGUGGGUGGGAAAAACUCCCUUGAGAUGCUAAGGCAUCUACAACACUCAGGCCAGAUGGUGACAUAUGGUGGAAUGUCGAGAGAACCAGUAACAAUUCCAACUUCUGCAUUUAUAUUCAAAAACCUUUCCUUCCAUGGAUUCUGGAUGACUGCUUGGAACGAAAAAGCCACUGUGGAUGAAAAGAAUAAAAUGUUUGAUGAUCUUGUAAAAAUGAUGUGUGAAAAUAAGCUAAAAGGUCCAACUUCUAAAAUGGUCAAGUUUGCAAACUAUGAAGAAGCUUUAGGAAAUGCUCUAUCUCCACAAGGUUUUACGGGCUGUAAAUAUAUUUUAGAUUUCUGUACCUUCCUAAAAGUAUAUACAGUUGAAAUGGAUCAACCAAUUUAUGAGGCAUAUGAAUUUCUCCAAGAUGACGAAAGUCAAAAUGAAAGCCAAUUUCUAGUAGUGCAAAAUGAUGGUACAUUUUUGACUGUGAACAGGCCAAUACAAUACAUAUCUCAGGGUGAGAAUGUAAAAACAGUGCUACAAGGAGCACCUGCAGAGUUUGAUGCAAAUCAACAAGAAUUUUUUGUCCAGAACUCUCAGGAGUUAAUAACAGAUCAAUUUGUUGUGUCCAAUGGUGAUAAUAAUGAAUAUGACAAUAGUUUUUUAUUAAAAACAAUUGAAAAUGUGAAGAAUGAGGCACAGAGUGAACAACCUGAGUAUGAAAUAUCAAAUUAUGUAGAUGGAAAACCUAUAGAGGAUACUGAUAUGGAGAGCCAAGAAAUUCAAAAUACGUAUGAGGAUGUUCCGGCAGAAUUAGCUAAUACUGAAGAAAAAGCACCAUCACAGGGUGACUGUACUGAAAUUACAUUGAGUGAUGAGCAAUAUCAACUAUUACAAGAGAAGGGAUGGAUACUGCUAGACUUUGCUGACAAGAAAUUUUUACUAGAUUCAGUUGGACUUCAUGACAUAACAGAUAAUCAUGAACUACAAGAGAAGCUAAGGAGUGAGGUUGCCGACCAAAAUACUGCGCCGGAAAACAAUAGCUCUAGCCCAGAUUUACAAGAGUUUAUUAAAACAGAGACUGGCGAUCAAACAUCAGCAAAUGCAAUCGACCAAGAUAUCCAAGACACAACAAGAGUUAUAAACAAAUCUAACUUAAAAACGAAAAACAAAGGUCAAAGAUCAAAUGAACAGAUUGUAUUUAAGCAAGAAUCUAAAGAAGUCGAAGUUGAAACGUCGCCAGCAAAUGUACCCGUACUCAGUCAUAACCCGAUCAAAAUCAAAACUAAUUAUCUGUUUAAAGAUAUUCCUUCACGCGUGGUUCUGGGUAAAACUGCGAAAGGCCAAGACCUGGUAGCCAGAGUCGUCAAAACGAAUAGACCAAUGGCUGACACUACCGCCAAUGUCAACAGCCACCCCAGUGGGCCUAAUUACACGGGACUUACCGAAUUAAGAUUCGAGAGACUGGUACGUCAGAAGCUCAACGAGAGCGAGCAGACAAGGAAGGAGGACAUCGCCGCGGCGCAGGUGGUCGUCAAGCAGCUGCUGUCCGUGCCCAGCUUCAGGAACAUCGUGGUGGGCCGACAGCUCGUCAUCACUAAGUCUAUAACAACGGAGACGACUGUCGGUGUGAUGUACAGUGAGAAGAAGUGUACGCUUGUGACGGGGAAAGUGAAUGAUGAGGGGCAGGGCCUAACAUACAUACCGAAAAUGCUGCAGAAACUACUCUCCGAUGGAGAAGCGAUCCUGUACUUCAGAAGAUCAAAGGAUAUAAACGAGGGCAGUUUCCUUCACAUACAUGUGUCCGAGAUGAAGGCAGUGGAUGGCAUCGUUCGGGUCUCCAUUACACUUAACAAGAGACAUUUACCUCUUAAGCUGGUGAAAGAGCAGAUAAAACUGCGUCAGGUGUACGCGUGCAGCUCGUGCGCCGUUAUGUUCGAGGGCGAAGAACAGCUGCGGCAUCAUCAAGAGACUGAAUGCAUGGAAGUGGACAACACUUUGACUAUUGACACGGACAAUCAAAAAUCUGCGUACACUGUAAUUGUUGAGGAGGGCAAGGAAAAGCAAUUCAUGUGCAACCAAUGCCAAAUGACUUUUACCAAAUUGGGCGCUUGUCAGAGACAUGUUAAAAUACAUUACAACAAUGAGAAUGAAGCCACCAUUAUAGAAGAGAGCGAGAAACAAAGAAAGAAAGGUUACAAGUGCAAAAUGUGCCCCAGUACUUAUUCCCAUCAGGCGACACUAUCGAAACACAUCGUCGCAAAACAUUUAAAGGCUGAGGUCUCCAUGAUGAACCAAGCAAAAAUCAUAAAAACCUAUUCCAGAAGCAGUCAAGUUCAAAACCCUAUAGAAAUUGAUGAUGAUGAUGACGAGCAACCGAAAGGUGGAAAGUCUGUGUAUUACAAAUGUAAAAUGUGCCCCAGUACAUAUGUCCAUCCGGCAACAUUGACCAAACAUAUACUGUCGGAGCAUGUCAGAAAUAAAAUACGAUAAUUUUUGUAAU